AAAAAAGGCUUAGAGCUUUCGCUUUCGAAUUAGAAACUUACGUUGAAUAGCGUAAGACCAUAUUACAGAAAACAUGAACGACGAAAGAGUAUUAAAGAUGAAAUACGGUCUGUUUUCUGGGACAAAGAAAGUAGUGCUGCGCGCAAGUUGCUACCAAUCGCCCUUCUAACGAGAAACUUGGACAAACCUGUCCAACUGGUUCGAUGACGAAAAUUUUACCAACCAAAUAGUUUUCUAUAAGUCAGGACAGGCUCUUUGACGAUUUUCUCUGUCUCCGUUGGAAAUGUUCAUCUAGCUCACUUAGAAUUUGGUUAAUAAUCAUGCUAAGUAAAAGGCUUCUCAAAGCUGGGGUAGCUGUAGUAGGUGCUUCUUUGGCCGUCUAUUAUAAUCAAGAGAUCCAUGAUGGUUCUGUUGGAGUCUGGCGAUUUGGAAAAACAGCAAUUGCGGUGGGGGAAAUAAUGAUAGAUUAUAAAAAAUCACUGUAUUCGAAUAAACUGGAUAGGGCCUCUCAGGAGUAUGCCAACACCAAGAGUGAGGUUCAUCUCAGGUCAGCACAACGAUUGCUUAAACUGUGUGAGAAUCUUGGAGGUGCAUACAUCAAAGUAGGCCAACACCUUGGUGCCCUCGACUACUUGAUUCCUUAUGAGUAUGUCAGCACAAUGAGAGUACUUCAGAAUCAAGCACCCGAGUCUAGUUUUGAGGAAAUCUUAAGUGUGAUUAAAGAAGACCUUCAAUGCGAUCCCUCAACGGUUUUCCGAACCAUAGAAAAGAAACCUCUCGGAACAGCAUCGCUUGCCCAAGUUCACAAAGCAGAAUUGAACGAUGGAACUAUUGUGGCCGUCAAAGUACAGCACACUUUAGUCAAAACUUAUUCUACUAUUGAUAUUAAAUCUAUGGAGGUUUUGGUAAAUUUUGCCUCUUGGGUCUUCCCCGAUUUAAAACUAGAAUGGUUGGUUAGGGAAUCCAAGAAAACGUUACCUCUGGAACUGAACUUCGUGUUGGAGGGUAAAAAUGCCGAAAAGACUGCAAGACUCAUGAAACAUCUACCUUGGCUCCAUGUACCGAAAGUUUUUUGGGAGUUCUCUACUCCACGAGUUUUAACUAUGGAAUAUUGUGACGGCUUUGAAAUCGCAGCUUUGGAGAAGGAGAAAAAAGGAGAAUUUGAACCGUUUAGAAAAGAGAUCUCCCGCAAAAUCACCCAAUUGUAUUCCGAUAUGAUUUUUCUGCACGGAUAUGUCCACUGCGAUCCGCAUCAUGGCAAUUUGAAAAUUGAGCUUGAUAAACAAGGACGUCUUGUUAUUCAUUUAUUGGAUCACGGCCUUUACACACAACUACCAUUUGAGUUUAGGGAGAACUAUGCCAAAUUUUGGAUGUCAAUCAUUUAUGCCAACGUUAAAGGAAUGCAAGAAUACUCGGAGAAACUGGGCGUAAAAGAAUUGUACGCGUACUUUGCAUGCAUGGUCUCGGGCCGUUCAAUGAGCGCAGUGCUAGGUCGGAAGGUUAAUAACACAAAAACCGACGAAGAAGAAGUGCAAAUCAAAGUUGACGCUGCGAAAUAUUUGUCGGAAAUUAUGGAGGUGCUUCAUCAAGUUCCAAGUGAAAUGCUCUUUAUUCUCAAGACCAACGACUUGCUUAGGGGACUUAAUAGUACACUUGGUGUCAAAGACAACAUCAACAGCUUUGCCACCAUGUCGCGCUCAUGUGCCAACGCCAGUUACCUUAAAGAGUAUCCCCAAUGCAAGUCUCUUUCGCACAAGUUAUGCGUCAUCAUGUCUCAUUACGUCGCCCACGUUAGAAUAACGACUUAUCAGCUUUUAUUGUGGUGGGCCUCGUGGUGGCGUCUUUUGUAGGUUAGUGUAAAUUUAAUACAAUCAAAACUUAUAUCGAAA